AUGGAUGUGAAGAGUGUUUUUCUGAAUGGAGACUUGAAUGAAGAACAAGCUCCUAGAGCAUGGUAUGAGAGGCUUACACAAUUCUUGAUUAGUCAUGGCUAUAACAAAGGAGGGAUUGAUAAGACUCUAUUCGUGAAGAAAAGUGGUAAAGACCUGAUGAUUGCCCAGAUAUAUGUUGAUGACAUUGUGUUUGGUAGAAUGUCGAGCCAGAUGGUGGAACAUUUUGUAGAACAGAUGAAAUCUGAGUUCGAAAUGAGUUUGGUAGGUGAACUAACCUAUUUCGUUGGACUACAAGUCAAGCAAAUGGACAACACCAUCUUCAUAUCUCAAAGCAAAUAUGCCAGAAGCAUUGUCAAAAAGUUUGGCUUAGAAAAUGCAAGUCAUAAGAGGACUCCAGCUGCUACUCACAUCAAGUUGACUAGGGAUGAGAAAAGAGUAAUUGUUGAUCAGUGUCUUUACAGGAGUAUGAUUGGUAGUCUUCUAUAUCUUACUGCAAGUAGGCCAGAUAUCACUUUUGUUGUUGGUGGUUAUCCUAGGUACCAAGCUGAACCAAAAGCUAGCAAUCUUGUGCAAGUUAAACGGAUUAUCAAGUAUGUAAAUGGAACUAGUGACUAUGGAAUCCUCUACUCACAUGAUCCAAACUAUAUGUUGAUAGGCUAUUGUGAUGCUGAUUGGGCUGGUAGUGCUGACGAUAGAAAAAGCACAUCUGGAGGUUAUUUCUUUCUAGGUAGCAAUCUAAUCUCUUGGUUUAGCAAGAAGCAAAAUAGUGUGUCCUUAUCCACGGCAGAAGCUGAAUACAUAGCUGCAGGGAGUAGUUGUACACAGUUAAUCUGGAUGAAGCAGAUGUUGAAAGAGUACAAUGUCCUGCAGGGAGUAGUUGUACAUAAUUGA